AUGAAUCCCCUUGACAAAAAAGUCGGUAUCCUCGGCGGCGGCCAGCUAGGAAGAAUGUUAAUAGAAGCGGCACAUCGAUUAAAUGUGGAUGUUACUAUCGUUGAUCCACAGUCUGAUUCUCCUGCUAAGCAAAUAAGCAACAAAUCUCAUAUUGAUAAGGAUUUCAAGAGAAGCGAUGCUAUAAUUGAACUAUCGAAUAAAGUAGAUGUUAUUACUGCUGAAAUCGAGCACGUAGAUACUAAAACUUUGUCUGAAAUUGUAGCCAUGCAAAUCUCUCAAAGUGAAAUUUUGAGGGCUGGAAGUAGCUUAGAAUUGCCUGUUACACAGGAUGCCUCGGUAAAUUCUAUCCACACAUACGUUUUACCUUCUCCAAAAACUAUUGAGGUUAUUCAAGAUAAAUAUCUGCAGCAUAAGGUUUUGUUUGAAAAUGAAAUCCCGGUAGCUGAAUUUGAAGCCUGUAACAAUUAUGAGCAUGCAGUCAGUAUCGGAACUCGAUUCUCAUACCCUUUAAUAUUGAAGGCGAGGAGAGGUGCUUAUGACGGAAGAGGAAAUGUAUUUGUUAAUUCAGAAUUAGAACUUAAAGAAGCCUGGGAUAAAUUAAGCUCAAACUUAGUCUCUAGCACCGGCGAAGAAAUUAAAGAUUCUGGGAUUUACGCUGAAAAACUUAUUUCAUUUACAAAAGAAUUGGCCGUGAUGGUAGUUAAAGGAAUUGACAAUGAGAUCGUUUGCUACCCUGUUGUUGAAACUGUUCAAAGUAACAAUAUCUGCAAUCUGGUUAUAGCCCCGGCUCCAAUAAAUGGACUUAUUCGAGAAAAGGCCGAAAAAAUGGCUUGUACCGCCGUUAAAGCAAUUACUUCAGUUCCAACUAGCAUUAAUCUUAAAGUAAAAAGUGGUGAAGCCCCUAUUUCGAUAGAAAAAAUUUCAAAAAGCGCCGGUGUGUUUGGUGUUGAACUAUUUUUGCUUGAUAAUGGAGAGGUGAUUGUUAACGAGAUCGCUCCUCGCCCUCAUAAUUCAGGUCAUUACACUAUAGAAGCCUGUGAAACUUCUCAGUAUGAAAAUCAUUUGCGCUCUGUAUUAGGCCUUCCUUUAGGCUCAACAAAGCUAAAGGUUAAUUUCGCUGCUAUGGUCAAUAUAUUAGGUUUACCAAAUAUAUUCAAUGUGCCAACACCUUGCUAUAAUAGCACAGAAGUAAUGAAAUCAAUAGUUGCUGAUACUCUGUCUGUCCCUGGUUCAACUGUACAUAUGUAUGGAAAGAAAGAAGCAAAAGUCGAUAGAAAAAUGGGCCACGUAACUAUUGUCGCAAAUUCCCCUGUUGAACUAAGCCAAAGACUCCGUGCUAUUUUGUACAUUGUUUCUGGAAAAAACUACAAUAACGUUCACCCUACUCAAUUUAAGCAAAUCCUUGAUUUAAAUACUCAAAAUAUCGAGAAUACUUAUGAUUAUAAGCCGACUCCACUCGUUGGAAUCAUUAUGGGUUCUGAUUCUGAUCUUCCAGUCAUGAAGCUGGCGGCUGAUCAGCUCAAAUCUUUCGGCGUUCCAUUUGAACUUACUAUUGUUUCAGCACACAGAACUCCAGAAAGAAUGGUUGAGUAUGCACAAUCUGCUAAAAAAAGAGGGCUUAAAGUUAUCAUUGCAGGCGCUGGCGGUGCUGCUCAUCUUCCUGGAAUGGUAGCUGCACUUACUCCACUUCCUGUUAUUGGCGUUCCUGUAAAAGGUCGUUGCUUGGAUGGUGUUGAUUCUCUUUAUUCAAUCGUUCAAAUGCCUCGUGGAAUACCAGUUGCAACAGUCGCUAUAAACAACGCUGAUAAUGCUGGGCUGCUAGCAGUUAGAAUUUUGGGAGGAACAUUUGAUUUAUACUCUACUGGUAUGCUAGACUAUAUGGAUAGAAUCAGAAUAGAGGUUGAAGGGAAAAUAGAAAAGCUGGAGUCUGUUGGCUAUGAAAAUUACUAA